AUGGCCCCGGCAAUGAAGUCCGCGAUGAAGUCCAAGGCCAUGAAGGCUGCCAAAGCCAUGACCAAGAGCCAGCUUGCCGACCAGCUCGCUACCAAGUCGGAGCUCAAGAAGAAGGAAGUCCUGUCGGUCCUGCAGAACCUUUCCGAGAUCGGUGCCAGCGAGGUCACCACCACCGGCAAGUUCGUUCUCCCAGGGCUUUGCAUGAUCAAGACUCGUGUGAAGCCUGCGACGAAGGGUGGCACCCGUAUGAUGUUCGGCAAGGAGGUGCAGGUCAAGGCGCAGAAGGCGAAGACGAUUGUGAAAGCCACGCCGGUGGCGGCACUCAAGAGCCAGGCCAUGAAGGCUGCCAAAGCCAUGACCAAGAGCCAGCUUGCCGACCAGCUCGCUACCAAGUCGGAGCUCAAGAAGAAGGAAGUCCUGUCGGUCCUGCAGAACCUUUCCGAGAUCGGUGCCAGCGAGGAGGUGCAGGUCAAGGCGCAGAAGGCGAAGACGAUUGUGAAAGCCACGCCGGUGGCGGCACUCAAGAGCCAGGUAUAG